GCAGAAAAAAUAUUUUUGGUUUUUAAUUUUUUAGGUCCUCAAAUGUUCAAUUUGUAUCGUAUAUAUAGCCGAUCUCUACAAAUUGUGAUUUUAUUCUAAAGUCCAUUCUUGUUUGGAGACCAAAUGAAGGGGAUAGAGGUUUUAACCAAGAGAAGCUACAUCCGAACAUUGUCAUUACCUUGCACUCUUAACUGUUACAGCAGAACAAAAUAUAUUUAGAAUUUCCAGCAGUAUGGCUCAUAAGAGACUGGAGAAUACAUUAAUGAUUCAAACAGGUGUCUCAGACUGCUUCGAUGUCGGAACAAGAUUUAGUAAUAUCCACCCCCUUGGCUAUGGAGGCAAUGGUCUUGUCUUUUCUGCUAUAGACAAAACGAACAAUGAAAAAGUUGCGAUUAAAAAGAUAGGUUUCAAUGACAGAAAAAGCUGUCAGUAUGCUCUCAGGGAAAUCAAAAUAUUGCUGAAAUUUGACCAUGAGAACAUCGUGAAAAUUCACGAACUACUUGGACAGAAUGGAGAAAAUCUGCAUGUUCAUAACACAAAUAAUAAUCCAGAUUUGAAGUCUGUCUACUUGAUUCAGGAAUUGUUAACAACAGACCUUCAUAGAAUUUUACAACAUGAAGUGCUCCAUCAGGAUCAUAUACGCUUGUUUAUGUACCAGAUACUAAGGGGUCUGAAGUAUGUCCACUCUGCCAAUGUGAUACAUCGAGAUCUGAAACCUCUAAAUCUGCUUGUCAAUCUAGAGGAUAUGGUUGUAAAGAUUGCUGAUUUUGGGUUGUCUAGAGUCCUGGAUCCAUACUAUUCACACAAAGGUUUUCUCACAGAGAAUGUGGGAACAUGCUGGUAUCGUGCCCCAGAGUCAAUCCUGACCCCCAAGAACUAUAGCAGUGCAGUAGACAUAUGGGGGGCUGGAUGUAUAUUCGCUGAAAUGGUCCAAGGACAACCUCUGUUCACAGGCGCACAUGAAUUUGACCAAAUAUGCCAGGUGUUGGAUGUUAUAGAGCUGACAGACCAGGAUUGGACUAAUGUAUUAAAUGUUGUGCCUAACAAAGUACUCAAGAACCAUCCCCUUGCAGCAAGAUCCUCAAUACGCCAAAAACUACCAAAGGUUGACUCACAAGUUAUUGAUCUCAUAGAGGGGCUCUUAUGUUUUGACCCCAGUAGUCGGCUGACAGUCUCAGCUGCAUUAAGUCAUCCUUAUAUGCAGCCCUACCAUGAGCCCGGAGAUGAACCCACCAUAGCUCAGCCAUUCCAUAUUGAAGAUGAGGUUGAUGAUAUUCCAGCAUUAUCACUCAGGAAAAUGAUUUGCUGUCAAGCUCUCAAGAAAAACACCCAUACCCCCAACAAUACCCAGCCCCCCACAGAUGACAGAUUUCAACUUCGCCAUUAUACAGCUAGUGAUGGAAGUGAAUGGGAAGAAAUCGAAAAUGCCAAGAAUAUGUAUAAUUCGCAAGAAAACCUCAAUAAGUUAUCCCAUUCACAAGAAAAUCUUAAGAACAUGUACAAUUCACAAGAAAGCUUGAAAAGCCUAAACACUUCCAAUGAAAACAUCAAGAAUGCAUCAAAUAGAAAUGUGAACCAAUUUACAAGUAAUGAAGGCAGACCACAAGAAAAUCUUGAUAGCAGUUUUGAGGUAAUCGAACUAUCAGAUGUUGAACUAAUGGAGAAUUUGAGAAAUAUGGCAUUGAGUGAAAAUAAUGAUAAAAAUACUUCUAAUGAUGAUGGGAAAAUGAAACAGCAAAAAUAUUUAUCAAAAGAGGAUCUGACUCAGCUAGAAUGUGAGAAAGACAUAAUGGAACUCUCAAUGGAGAAAUUGGCUGAAGAAGAAGAGAUAUCCCAUAAUGCAUCAGCAGUCACAGCAGACGAUGAUGACAAUAUCAUGGCUGAAAUUAUUGAUGCUUGCCUUGAAAAUGUUGAAAUAGCUAACAAUGGUGAUGUUAUUGACAAUGAAAAUGAUGCAGAUGGUCAAUCAUCUUCCGUUUUUAACCAGUUAACAAUCGAAAUAACAGAGAACAAGAAUUUGAACAGAAACUCAGUUGAACAAAAUCAACUGUCCCCUAGGUCCAAAGAACUUAUGGAACAGCACAACAGGGAGGUUGCUAUGCGUGAAAAGCAGCAAACUAGAAACAGCCCUAGUAGUUUAGAUAGCCCUCGUGCAUUGGAGCUUAACGCACCACCUGAUGGUAAUAAUAAAAAUUCCCAAGGUGCAACAAGAGCUCGUAAAUCAAGUGGCAGUUCAAUAGAUUCAGAUGGGUUAACUGAAAAGGAACGAUAUCUGUUACAACUAGAAGAUGAGGAGAUCAAUAAAUGUCAAAAUGAUAAGCAACAGUCGGAAAAGGUGGUUAGGAAUUAUGAUGAACUUUACAGACUACCAACUGAUCACCUUCACAAUCGAAGAAACUCUAAUGAAAUGGGCAAACUGAGAAUGAUGAAAAAACCAAAGCGAUCAAAAAUGAAUGAAGAUGCCAAUGAAAAAAUCCGUCUAGAACUUGCAUCCCCUCUUUAUCGUGACCCAAAUUUUCACAGUUCACUACAUGGCCACCAAUUGCCACUGGUGUCUCGUUUCCCUGGAAUAGAUAAUUUCCAUGAUAACAGUAACUAUGGGUACACAAGUUAUACAACCAAUCAACAGAUGAACAAUCAGGACAAUAAUCAGCGUUCACAUAUAGGUGGCGCUUGUGGAGGAAAUGGAGAAAAGUCACCACCUAUGAAAAACUCCCCCAGAAAUUAUGACAUUAAAGAUAAUGAGCAAAAUUGAUGAUACUAACCACAUAUGUGUCUAAAAAGUAAGCUGCACAUGCAAUAUCGUACCGUGCCAAUGAUUUGUCAAUUAUUGAUGAUCACACUACAGCAUAGCUAAAAUCAAUUAUAUAAAAUAACCUCUUUUAGCCUACAUUUACCUCAUCUAUUGAUUUUGCCUCCCCUCAUUUCUAUGUUCUGAUAGAUGAAAGAAUCAUCUGUAAACUAAAGAGUACUGAUGAAGUCAGACUCUUGGUAAGGGUAUGAUCUAUCAAAACAUAGUCCAUCUGCCAGUAGAGACAUGAACAUUUUAUAAAGAAUCCAUCUUGGGUUCUUUCUAAAAACACAUUUUACUUUUGAAACUCAAUAAAUAAUCUAAAAAUGGAUAUAAAAACCUCUUUAACAGAUUUCUCUUAUAUAAUGUCUACUGGCAGAUUAAGUUCACAAAUGAAUGAGAUCAGAGUAUAUAACCUUUUGGGGUGGAUGAUCGAGUAGCCAAGCCAAGGCAUCAAGUCUGUGGCCUCACCCCAGCUUUUGAUUUAUCUCCCUACCUAGAAGUCGAAAAGAUGUGUACCUAGCUGUAUGUAAUUGGGGCAUAAACUUGAUGCCAAACUACAUUAUUGCCAGGAUAUAACCUUAUACAGGGGCGUAGCCAGCUUUCAGUCAGGGGGGG